AUGCAAGUAAAUAUUGAAAGAGGAGCUUACGCGCACAAUAUGGCCCACCAGCUCGCACACGAAAAUAAGAUUGACGCUUUACUCAUACAAGAACCUUGGACAUUGAAAGAUCUAACAGCAAAAAGGUCAAUUUCACACCCAAAAUUUGCGCUUUUUUCACGACUCGACGUAUGGCAUACUCGCCCCAGAGUUCUUAUCACGGGCUGGCGUUGUAUAAAUACUCGGAUGUUCAGAAUAGAUAAUUGUAGUUGCACAAGGAACGAAACUAGUCUACAAGCAGAGAUCUAA